AUGGCUGAUAAACUGCGCACACUCCAAAACCUCGAGGCACUCCAGGCCCGUUACAUAGGCACCGGACACGCCGAUACCACCAAGUACGAAUGGACGUCUAACAUCAUUCGCGAUAGCUAUGCCUCGUACAUCGGCCAUCCGCCAUUGCUUCAAUACAUGGCUAUCGGCAUGGGCGAACCAAAGGAGAAAGUUAGAGCUAUGAUGGUGGAAAAAAUGGUUCGUGGAGCAGGGAAUCCGCCAGACACUGAUUUGAUGGGUGGGUUUGGGGACAGUCCGCUGAAGGAGUUGAUGGGCGAUAGCCAUUCCGGCACGAGGAAUCAGAACGAUACGCUGCGAGUUAGAACCUGGCCGAUUGAAAUGAGAAUACCGUACUGCAAGUGA